AUGUCCAGGAAAACUGGAAAUAAUCUGUUUUGGAAAGCCUUAUUGCAGUCCCACCUGCUGGUGGAAUCUGGUAUUGCAGUGGAACACAGCUGCGGUGAAGGGGGCCGGGGCCCGACAGCUGCAGUGGAGAAGGGGGAGGAAGAGGCCAGGACCGGCGACGGUGGAGGAGGUGUGGCCCACCGGCGACCAAGGAGGUGGCGGGCCCGGCAGUGGAGAAGGCUGACAGAUCAUUGGGAUGAAUAUGAUGAUGCAUUUAUUCACAUGAAGGAAGCCACUAAAAAGUCCUACCUUCAUGAUAUCAUGCAAAAGACAGAAAAGGCAACAGAUGAACUGGUGGAACUAAAGAAAAAUCUGCAACUUGUAAAAAAUGAGGUGAUGCAUUGGUGCAGUAAGGUGGACAAACCAUGUGUGGAAAGACUUGUACGAUGCCAAAAACCCCCAUAUCUGGUUGGUCAGAUUUUGGAAAUGGCUUUGGUCAUGAUCAGUUGCCUGCCAACAUCUGAAAACGCAAAUGAACUUCCAAAAUCUUCAGGUCACUUAAAUGAAAAGUCAGACAGCAGAGCCAGCAAUAGAUUUCAGCCUUCACCUGUAGGAAAAUCGUCCCCACCAAAGCGAGGCUUCAGAGAACCUUCUGACAAAGUUGACAGAGCAAGGUGGAAGAACAUACAAUAUCAUAUUGGCGAGACCAGCAAGUUUGUUGAUAUGAUACAUCAGAUUGCAAAACUUCAAGAUGGACUUCCAGACCAGACUAUAAAAGAUGUUGAGGCCUACCUUGGUAAAGCAAAAGAAGGUUCAACCGGUGUAACUGGGGAAGGCUCCUUGCUGGAAAAUGCUGCCCCACAUGCUACACCCCAGUCCAUAACACCAGCUAAGAAAUAUUCACAAAAUGAUGGUGACAAAACAAAAGAUAAUAAAAAAGGAGGAAUCACUAUUGCAGCAGCACGCUACAGCUCUGAGGAUGCAGCAUCAUUGGUGGCAUUCAUUGUUGCGAUUGUAGAAUACACUCGGCUUUGUGUACCACUAAAAGAAUGCCAGAAAAAGUUGGCAGACUUAGGGAGAGAGAAGGAGGAUCUUAUUGUGAAGGAAGAGCAGUCAAAAAUGAUAACAAACAGUUUUGAAGACGAGCCUGCUGUACUUCAUCAUCACAUUCUCAGCACCCUUACUGCCGAAGAUCUUUCCUCUCUCAAGGCAGAGGUAGAUAAACUCCAUGAGGAAUAUGAUUCUGCUAUCAAUCAGAAAUACCAGCUGGUGGAGCAGCUACAGUCCCAUGAGCAGAAGCUGCAGGCAGCAGUAGACAUCCUGGACAGGCAGCUGUCGUGCCUAGACGAUCAGAACUGA